AUGGUCGACACCCUUUCAAAAGAAUUGGGCCUGGGUCAACCGGCACAACAGUACGGUGCAACCACGGAUCACGCUUCUCAAGGAGAUACCCGUCAAUAUGACGAAAAGGAGCCUGGCGCAAUUCGAGAUAGAGAAACAUUUGCUGUUGAAAAGCACUAUGAAAGACCUCGGAUAUCAACCGACUCUUAUGGUCUGCAACGCACCACCUCAGGUGUCAAUGUUGAACAGGCGGAGAGGGAUUUCGCCGAACUGAGCAGGGAACUGAGUGCGAUCAGUCGUCGAGUCUCGCGGACACAGUCGAAGGUUUCUCAUGUCAGGGCAAGAGACGUGGAGAAGGCCAUCAGUUCCUCUGAUGAGAUUUCGGACGAUGUCUUUGACUUGGAGACCACGUUACGCGGCGCGAGAGAGGCGGACGAUGCUGCAGGGAUCAAGCCCAAGUAUAUUGGUGUGGUGUGGGAAAACCUCACUGUCCGCGGCAUUGGUGGCGUCAAGAACUUUGUCAAGGUCUUCCCUGAUGCCUUUGUCGACUUUUUCAACGUGCCGGGUACGAUCAUGAGCAUUCUGGGGAUAGGAAAAAAGGGUCGCGAGUUCAACAUCUUACAAGACUUUCGCGGUGUCGCCAAACCGGGUGAAAUGGUACUUGUGCUGGGUCGACCUGGAAGUGGCUGUACGACCUUCCUCAAAGUGCUCGCCAACCAACGUUAUGGCUAUACAGGCAUAGACGGUGAAGUUCUCUAUGGUCCUUUUGACGCUGCUACCUUCGAGAAGCUCUACCGUGGCGAGGCGGUGUACAACCAGGAGGACGACGUACACCAUCCCACCCUGACUGUUGGUCAGACACUAGGGUUUGCCCUUGACACGAAAACGCCAGGGAAGCGUCCCUUGGGCCUCAGCAAAGCCGAAUUCAAGGACAGGGUUAUCCGCUUGUUGCUCAAAAUGUUCAACAUCGAGCACACCAUCAAUACCAUCGUGGGGAACCCUUUCAUGCGCGGUGUUUCUGGCGGAGAAAGAAAGAGAGUCUCGAUCGCUGAAAUGAUGGUCACUCGAGCCACUGUCUGCUGUUGGGAUAAUAGCACCCGCGGACUCGAUGCAUCGACUGCCCUUGACUACGCCAAAUCGCUCCGAAUCAUGACCAAUAUCUACCAAACCACCACUUUCGUUUCGCUGUACCAAGCAUCUGAGAACAUCUACAGCCAGUUCGACAAAGUCAUGGUGAUCGACAAAGGUAGACAAGUCUUCUUCGGUCCGGCAAAGGAGGCGAGGGCAUAUUUUGAAGGGCUGGGUUUCCUGGAAAAGCCUCGUCAGACGACACCCGACUACCUGACGGGGUGCACCGACGAGUAUGAACGGGAAUAUAAGCCAGGGCGAUCUCCUGAAAAUGCGCCUUCAACCGCCGACUCGUUCGUGGAUGCGUUCAACAAAUCCGUCUUCGCUGAAAGACUCGAGAAAGAGAUGGCCGACUAUCGAGAAUCCAUCCAGCACGAAAAGCAGGUGUACGAUGAUUUCGUGGCAGCACAUCGCGAAGCCAAACGAAAACAUACACCCAAGAACUCGGUGUAUUCGGUGCCGUUCCACUUGCAAAUCUGGGCCUUGAUGCGGCGACAAUUUCUGAUCAAAUGGCAAGAUAAGUUCUCUCUGGUGGUUUCGUGGAUCACAUCUAUUACCAUCGCCAUCAUCGUCGGUACGGUCUGGUUGCAUCAACCCAAAACUUCCGCGGGAGCGUUUACUCGAGGUGGUGUGCUCUUCAUGGCUUUGCUCUUCAACGCUUUUCAGGCAUUUUCGGAACUGGCAUCUACGAUGCUGGGUCGACCGAUUGUGAACAAGCAUCGAGCAUACACUUUCCACCGACCCAGCGCGUUGUGGCUUGCACAGAUUGUCGUCGACCUGGCCUUUGCGUCUGUCCAGAUCUUCGUCUUCAGUGUCAUCGUCUACUUCAUGACAGGCUUAGUCCGAACUCCCGGGGCAUUCUUUACGUUCGUGCUUAUCAUUAUCACGGGCUAUCUCUCCAUGACUUUGUUCUUCCGUACCAUUGGUUGUCUGUGUCCGGAUUUUGACUACGCCAUCAAGUUCGCCGCCGUUAUCAUCACCUUGUUCGUCAUCACGUCUGGGUACAUCAUUCAGUAUCAAAGCCAGCAAGUGUGGAUGCGAUGGAUAUUUUACGUCAACACCCUCGGUCUUGGCUUCGCAGCAAUGAUGAUGAAUGAGUUCAUGAGGCUGACAAUGCGCUGUACCGCUGAGUCGUUAAUCCCAUCGGGUCCUGGGUACAACAACAUUGACCACCAGGUCUGCACCCUUCCAGGUUCUCAAGCGGGAGCGGUCGAAGUGUCAGGGAAUGCCUAUGUUAAACAGGGCUUUUCUUACGACCCGGCCGAUCUCUGGCGUAACUUUGGCAUCAUCGUCGUUUUGAUUGCAUUCUUCCUUUUCACCAACGUCAUCCUAGGAGAAACGGUCAAAUACGGCGCUGGUGGUCGCACGGUCACCUACUUUACCAAGGAAAACAACGAAAGGAAAGCCUUGAACGAGAAAUUGCAGGAACGAAAACGAAGACGACAAACGAAGCAGGAUGCCGGGGACAGCUCAGAGCUCAAUAUCACUUCCAAGUCUGUGCUGACGUGGGAAAAUCUCACGUACGAUGUACCUACUCCUGCUGGGCAAUUGCGGCUGCUGAAGGAUAUCUUCGGAUACGUGCGUCCAGGGCAAUUGACCGCUUUGAUGGGCGCGAGUGGAGCCGGUAAAACGACGUUGCUUGAUGUCCUUGCCUCUCGAAAGAAUAUCGGCGUGAUCGGUGGUGAUAUCUUGGUUGACGGUCAAAAGCCAGGCGUUGGGUUUCAGAGAGGGACUUCGUACGCGGAGCAGCUCGAUGUUCACGAAUCGACUCAAACGGUCCGAGAAGCUCUCCGGUUCAGCGCCGAUCUUCGCCAGCCGUACGAAGUGCCCCGAGAACAAAAGUACGCGUACGUGGAAGAAGUCCUUUGCCUGCUCGAACUCGAAAACCUUGCAGAUGCCAUUAUCGGCAGCCCCGAAAGCGGACUGUCGGUCGAAGAGCGGAAGAGGGUGACCAUUGGUGUUGAACUUGCCGCAAAGCCUCAAUUGCUCCUCUUCCUCGAUGAGCCCACGUCGGGUCUUGAUUCACAAUCCGCGUUCAAUAUUGUCCGCUUCCUCCGCAAACUCUCUGCCUCUGGACAAGCCAUUCUCUGUACCAUCCAUCAACCCAACAGUGCCCUGUUUGAGAACUUUGACCGGCUGCUCCUGUUGCAACGAGGUGGAGAGACUGUCUAUUUCGGAGACAUAGGCAAAGACGCACACGUCCUUUUGGGCUACUUCCACAAACACGGCGCCGACUGCCCUCCAAAUGCUAACCCGGCCGAGUGGAUGCUGGACGCCAUCGGAGCUGGCAUUGCAGCUCGCAUCGGAGACAGGGACUGGGGAGAUAUUUGGCGCGAAAGUGACGAGCUCGCGACUGUCAAGGCCGAGAUCAUCGACAUGAAAGCGAAACGUCAGCGCGAAGUUGCUGGCGAGCCCAAGCUGGAUGAGAGAGAGUACGCCUCCCCUCUGUGGCAUCAGAUCAAAGUCGUGUCCAAUCGGACCCAUUUGGCCUUCUGGCGCUCCCCCAACUAUGGUUUUACGAGGCUGUUCAACCAUGUGGCUAUCGCUCUGCUCUCAGGUCUGGCGUUCUUGCAGCUCGACGACAGCCGAUCAAGCUUACAAUACCGCGUCUUCGUCAUCUUUCAAGUCACCAUCAUUCCAGCCCUGAUAUUGGCACAGGUGGAGCCCAUGUACGACCUUUCCCGGCUCAUCUUCUAUCGAGAAUCCGCAGCGAAAGCGUAUAGUCAAUUUCCGUUUGCUUUCGCCAUGGUCUGUGCCGAGAUGCCGUACAGCCUUUUGUGUACGGUUGGGUUCUUUGUCCCGAUCUACUACUUGCCCGGGUUCAACAGCAACAGUUCGAGGGCGGGCUAUCAGUUCUUCAUGGUGCUGAUUACAGAGUUGUUCUCCGUGACGCUGGGCCAGAUGGUUGCAGCGAUCACGCCGUCGAGUUUCAUCUCCAGCUUGAUCAACCCAUUCAUCGUCAUUGUCUUUGCAUUGUUUUGCGGCGUCACCAUCCCCAAGCCACAGAUCCCGGGCUUCUGGCGUGCCUGGCUGUACCAACUCGAUCCCUUCACUCGCUUGGUGUCCGGGAUGGUCACCACGGAAUUGCACGACCGACGGGUGGUCUGUACCUCGUCGGAGCUCAACUCGUUCCCUUCUCUACCGGGGCAAGACUGUGGCGAGUACAUGAGCAACUUCUUCGAACGCGGCGGGCCGGGCUACAUUGUCAGCAACGUCACCGACACGUGUCGGUACUGCGCCUACAAGAUCGGGGACCAAUUCUACGAGCCCUUGCAGUUGAGUUUCAACGACCGUUGGCGGGACCUAGGAAUUUUUGCCGCCUUUAUCGCGAGUAAUCUGAUCUUGCUGUUCUUGGCAUCGAGGUAUUUGAAUUUCAAUAGAAGAUAG